AUGACCACCCACCUCGCCGCCGUCUCCCUCGCAAAAGGCGAGCCCUUCAAACUCCAAGCCCGCCCCACACCAAAACCAGGUCCAGGCGAUCUUCUCAUCGAGGUCAAAUCUGUAGCCCUCAACCCAGCAGACGUCCUCAUGCGUGAUCAAGGUCUCUUGAUACCCAGCUACCCCACGGUCAUGGGUUUCGACAUCUCAGGGAUGAUCCUUGAGGUCGGCGACAGCGUCCCCAUCGCCACAGAUCCAACUCCUGGCCGAUCUCUUCUUCCCGGGGUGCGCGUCGCCGCCUACGUCGCCUUUUUCUGGAAAUCCUGCGACCCUGACUACGGCGCCUUCCAGGAGCGGUGCCUCGUGCCCUGGCAACAUGCCGUGCCUCUACCGGAGGGUAUCUCUUGGAACCAAGCUGCCACUCUACCUGUUGCUGUUCAGGUACCCCUCAGUGCGUGGGAUAUGAUGGGGAUUCCGCGGGGACAAAUUUCUCUUUCUUUUUCCGCUUCCGCUGGCCCAGUCUCUGAUACUAGCGAAACUAGGAAAAAUAAGCAGAAAAAGGAGGCACUUUUGAUCUGGGGCGCUUCCUCUAGCGUUGGCACGAUGGGUGUGCAAACUGCUCGGGUGCUACGGGAGGAUCGCGACUCGUCGUUUGCUGCCGUGUACGCCACGGCUGGUGUGGCGAAUCAUGGGUAUGUAUCCUCCCUAGGCGCAGAUCGUGUCUUCGAUUAUAAAGAGCCGCAGGUUGUGGAUGCAAUUAUUUCAGCGGCUAGAGAGGACGGUCUAGUGAUUCGACACUGCUUUAUUGCUACUGGGCAGCUGGCGCCGUGCCAAGCGGUGCUUAAGGCUUUCUAUGAUGAUCAGGGGGAAGGGCAACAACAGGCAAAGAUUGCGUCGGCACCGGUCAUCCCUGCAGAUGCGGAGGUUGUGAAUGGAGUGGAGACCGUUUUUGUGAUGCCGUCGAUGAGCGAACAGGAGAGAUUGGCUCAGUUUCAAUAUUGGAUGGGGACAUGGUUGAGGGAGAACCUGGCUAUCGGAACCAUCAGGCCGAGUCCUGAGCCGAUGGUUGUGGGAAAGGGUUUGGAGGCUAUCAAUGCUGGGUUGGAUGUGCUACGCCGGGGAGUGAGUUGUUCGAAGUUGGUUGUUGAAGUUGCGGAGUAA